GCAAACAUACAUGGAUUUAUCGGCAAAACUGUCCUGCUCUAUAAACCAUCUUCAACCAAUCCCAUCUCAGUACUCUUGACCGUGUUUACAUGAUACAGUUCUACAGAAAAUUGACUAUUCAAAAGUCAAACAAACUUUGAAUCCACAGACCAAAUGUAUCGUGCUUCUAUGGCAUAGUUAUGGUUCAAUAAUGUCGAUAACUUUCAAAAGUUAAUCAAACUUUUACAAGACACUGUGUAUGUGACAAACUUCGUUAAGUUAUGGAUGGAAGUGUUUCUAAAUUGAAAGCUAAACAAACCAACCUGAAGCUCCCCGGGAGUGAAGUCGAGGAGGGUUUCGAGGGAUCCCUAUCCGAUCAAGAACUACAACAAAUCAAGGAAGAAUUGGGACUGAUUGACUCUGACGUCCAGGCUAAUCCCGGCUCAUCGCUAGAAAACGGUSCUUACGUCAAUAGUGAUAGUGAUACUAGCGAGCCUACUACCCCUUUUGAUAGCCCCCUUACAGAAGAUGAGAGGCGACUCUUAGAUCAGUUUACAUUCCGUACAAGCUCGUACCAUCCUAGUCCUACAGCUUCUCGUUCAGCGUCCUUGGCCGAGGUAGCCGACUCUCUUAUCAAAGAUCUUGAAAAUUUUGACUUUGGUCAUCAAGAGGACAGUGACGAGGAAUCAGAGAGUGAACUUGAGGAUUCAGAGAAAAAUGACAGCGACCUCGGCUCUUCUCCGUCCGUUACAUCUGGUGUUGAAGGUUUAGAACGCCUAGUGGAACAGUUAUCUCAAGAAAGCGGCGUCAAAAACAUUCCAGUAUCAAAACCAUUGAUGGAAAACGACCAAUCCACUCCGCUUGCUGUACAAACUGAUGACAACUCGUCGGUGAACUCAGACUCGUUUCCCGCAUCUAUAGAUUCCGGUCUGCCGGCCAUAGCAACGCACGCUCCUCAUCGUUACUUCGUAGUGGUUGCUAUAGACUUUGGCACCACGUUYAGUGGUUACGCAUUUGCUUUUACAAGGGAUUCCUCUGGUGCCAUACAUAUGAUGAGACGAUGGGAGGGAGGGGACCCUGGGGUUUCUAAUCAAAAGACACCGACUACUUUAUUGUUGAGACCUGAUGGAAGUUUUCACUCCUUUGGUUACGGUGCUCGGGACUUUUACCACGAUCUAGAGCCCGAUGAAGCCAAAAAGUGGCUGUUCUUUGAGAAAUUCAAAAUGGCACUUCAUACAAAGAAGGAUCUGAACAAAUCCGUUGAACUCAAGGCAGCCAACGGAAAAUCACURAAAGCCGUGACGGUSUUUGCGCAUGCUCURAAAUUCUUUAAAGACCACGUGAUCGAGGAGCUGACCGACCAAUCAGCGACAAAGAUUCUCGAGGAUGACAUUCAGUGGGUGAUCACUGUUCCAGCGAUAUGGAAAGCACAGGCAAAGCARUUCAUGAGGACAGCGGCUUAUGAGGUAAAUAAUAUUMAUCACGUGGUAUUUGAGGUUAUGGAUGGAAGUGUUUCUAAAUUGAAAGCUAAACAAACCAACCUGAAGCUCCCCGGGAGUGAAGUCGAGGAGGGUUUCGAGGGAUCCCUAUCCGAUCAAGAACUACAACAAAUCAAGGAAGAAUUGGGACUGAUUGACUCUGACGUCCAGGCUAAUCCCGGCUCAUCGCUAGAAAACGGUSCUUACGUCAAUAGUGAUAGUGAUACUAGCGAGCCUACUACCCCUUUUGAUAGCCCCCUUACAGAAGAUGAGAGGCGACUCUUAGAUCAGUUUACAUUCCGUACAAGCUCGUACCAUCCUAGUCCUACAGCUUCUCGUUCAGCGUCCUUGGCCGAGGUAGCCGACUCUCUUAUCAAAGAUCUUGAAAAUUUUGACUUUGGUCAUCAAGAGGACAGUGACGAGGAAUCAGAGAGUGAACUUGAGGAUUCAGAGAAAAAUGACAGCGACCUCGGCUCUUCUCCGUCCGUUACAUCUGGUGUUGAAGGUUUAGAACGCCUAGUGGAACAGUUAUCUCAAGAAAGCGGCGUCAAAAACAUUCCAGUAUCAAAACCAUUGAUGGAAAACGACCAAUCCACUCCGCUUGCUGUACAAACUGAUGACAACUCGUCGGUGAACUCAGACUCGUUUCCCGCAUCUAUAGAUUCCGGUCUGCCGGCCAUAGCAACGCACGCUCCUCAUCGUUACUUCGUAGUGGUUGCUAUAGACUUUGGCACCACGUUYAGUGGUUACGCAUUUGCUUUUACAAGGGAUUCCUCUGGUGCCAUACAUAUGAUGAGACGAUGGGAGGGAGGGGACCCUGGGGUUUCUAAUCAAAAGACACCGACUACUUUAUUGUUGAGACCUGAUGGAAGUUUUCACUCCUUUGGUUACGGUGCUCGGGACUUUUACCACGAUCUAGAGCCCGAUGAAGCCAAAAAGUGGCUGUUCUUUGAGAAAUUCAAAAUGGCACUUCAUACAAAGAAGGAUCUGAACAAAUCCGUUGAACUCAAGGCAGCCAACGGAAAAUCACURAAAGCCGUGACGGUSUUUGCGCAUGCUCURAAAUUCUUUAAAGACCACGUGAUCGAGGAGCUGACCGACCAAUCAGCGACAAAGAUUCUCGAGGAUGACAUUCAGUGGGUGAUCACUGUUCCAGCGAUAUGGAAAGCACAGGCAAAGCARUUCAUGAGGACAGCGGCUUAUGAGGCAGGCUUAGCCACUCCAGAUGAUGCAGAUCGUAUCUUGAUUGCUCUMGAGCCAGAAGCAGCUUCGAUAUUCUGUCGAAAACUAAAAAUGAGAGAUUGUCUUUGGGCYGACGAGAAACGGUCAGCGGUAGAAAGCAGUGUAGCAGAAAGUUUCCAAGAAAAGACGAGGUAUCUAGUGGUGGACUGUGGGGGAGGUACUGUAGAUUUGACUGUGCACGAGCUUGACCUUAAAGCAGGCACACUAGAGGAGCUUCAUAAGGGAACAGGRGGAGCGUGUGGUGGUACAGGCGUCGAUGAAGAAUUUGAAACCCUACUGAAAAAGAUAUUUGGUAAAGACUUCAUUGAUCAAUUCAAAGCCAAGCGACCGGCAGGAUGGGUGGACAUGAUGAUCGCAUUUGAAGCUAAAAAGCGAACUGCAAGCCCAACCAAGACCAAUCCCCUUAACAUCUCACUACCUUUUGUAUUCAUUGACUAUUAYAAGAAGCACAAAAACUCCUCAAUUGAAGCAACCGUGAAAAAGUUUAAUAAUCCUAGUAUAAGGUGGAGCUCACAGGGGUUACUUAGAAUUAGCCCUGAMGUCAUGAAGGAACUCUUUGCGCCUGUUGUUAAGCAAGUCAUACAGCAUAUCCGUGUGUUGCUAAGCACUCGGUCCGUUUAUGACGUCACGCAUAUGUUCCUCGUUGGGGGCUUCGCMGAAUCUCCCAUGCUGCAGUCCGCUGUACGAGAUGCUUUCGGUUCRCAAAUGCAAAUCAUCAUCCCUCAUGAYGUMAGUCUAACGAUUCUCAAAGGUGCGGUUAUGUUCGGUUUGGAUCCGACGGUAAUYCGAGUAMGACGUGCUACAAUGACCUAUGGUGUCGGUGUCCUCAAUCGAUACAUCUCCGGAAAACAUCCGAAGUCUAAGCUCGUGAAGAAAAGUGGUAUCGAAUGGUGUACGGACAUCUUCGACAAGUUCGUCAUUGCUGAUCAAGCWGUWAAACUCGGUGAUAAAGUCUCGCGGAGUUACGCACCAGCAAAACCAGGACAAAACUACACAGUUAUCACUAUAUACAGCUCACAGGAAGAACACGUUGCGUAUGUAACAGACUCAGGUGUAAAGAAAUGUGGUCAGUUAAAGAUCGAGCUCCCUGAUAUCGAUAAACGUGAUGGUAGUAAACCAAGAGAGAUUCAGGCYAGCAUGGAGUUUGGGGACACUGAGAUACGAGUCAAUGCUAUUGAUGUAUUAUCUGGUCUUGAGGCUAAAGCUACAAUAGACUUUUUAAACAAUUAGCAACAUUGUGUCAUUCAUGAGAAAUGGUCAAUCUGARACUGAUCGGGUUUGCACGAGUAUAUUUACUAAAAAUAUAACAAAACAGAACGCGCGCGCCCUUGAUACAAUAAUAUUGAUUUUGGUAAAUUUUGCUUACGGGUACAAAUAUAUAUUCCCUUCCAGAGGUUUGAWAUUUUCUCUCUUCGCUAUUGUUUUUUGUCGGCGCGAAGCGCCGUAACCUGCUCGGCCUUACGGCCGCGAUUAUGGCGCUUCGCGCCGACAAAAACAAUAGCGAAGAGAGAARAUAUCAAACCUCUGGGACCAGGGUAUAUAAUCAUAUACUUUUACUUGCUAAAAACAUCGAUCUGGGAUCACAUUGUUCUUUGGCCAAUCACGACAUUUUAUUGUCUAUUGUCGACCCAAUUUAUCGAUUAUAUGUUGUCCCAAAUACUAAGAUCAUUUUUAAAAACAAAUUAAUUCCACCCUAUAAAAUAACUGCACGAAAUGAACAAAGGGCUACAUUAGUAUGUGAUAGGAAUUAAUCAGCAUCCUUUUGUUUAUGUUUUGAAAAUAAAAUCAAUGAAAAAUUAA